GAGUUUCACUGGCUGCGGCUGUACUGGAGCUACCCCCCCCCCCACCUCACCGAAGCCGCACUGCCGCGACGUGCCCAUUAGGGCCCCGUAGUCAAAUAAAAUAAAACUUGUUUUUCCCAUCUGUGGACGCGGCUGGUGUAGGCCCCCGAGUUUUCUGUUUGUGCCUUGGGCGGGGCGGUGGCCACAACCCGAGGAUUUUUUUUAAUGACUUGAGUAGGCGGAUACACAGUAGAAGAUGACUACCGUUGAAGAUUCCUUUUUUUCUCCUAUUAGCCUUGUUUCUACUAAUAAAAUGGGGAAAAAACAAGGUAGCAAGACAAAAAAAUCUGAAGACGUUCAGCCUGAAGAAUAUAUUGUUGAAAGAGUGUUAGACAGACGAGUUGUACAAGGAAGGGUUGAAUACCUUUUGAAAUGGAAAGGUUUCACAGAUGCUGACAAUACAUGGGAGCCAGAGGACAAUUUGGAUUGUCCAGAAUUGAUCCAGGAGUUUCUAGAUUCCCAGAAGGCCACCAAGGAGCGUACGGAUGGGUUCAAACGAAAAUCUGCCUCGGAAAGUGAAAGUGAAGAAAACAAGCCAAAAAAGAAAAAAGAUCCAAAUGACAAUCAACCAAGAGGGUUUGCCAGAGGACUGGAACCGGAACGCAUCAUUGGUGCAACUGACUCGAGUGGUGAAUUGAUGUUUCUAAUGAAAUGGAAGGAUUCUGAUGAUGCAGAUCUGGUCCCAUCCAAAGAAGCUAAUGUUAAGUGCCCACAGGUUGUGAUUGCAUUUUAUGAAGAGAGAUUGACAUGGCAUUCCUAUUCCACAGAUGAUGAGGAAAAUUAACUACAGGAUGCACUAUAAUUAAAGGAUAUAAUGGAAAAAUUAAGUCUAUUCAUGUUUGGAUGUACUGUUACUGUCCCAAGUUUUUAAAACCAGUGUCUGAAUUAUAAAGUUCAGUUUGUUUAUUGCCCAUUGACUGCAAGUAUUUUGAACAAACUUGUGCAUUGAAGCUGGGACAUUGGGAUACAUCGAUAAAAUGCAUAAAAUAUCAAAUAUACUUUUCAUUUAUUGAGCUUUGUUUACCAAAAAUUGUUUGUGCAUAUCACAGGCUUACACUGAAUCCACCAUGAGGAUUUGAGGUUAGACUCCAUUCACCAUUGUUAUCAAAUUUUUUUUGUCUACUUGUUUGCUUACAUUGUCAAGUUUUUUUAAAAACUAAACUGCAAGUUGGAAAAAUACCAAGGCUUUAUCUGGGCAAAUGAUUAAGACCCAUAAUAUGAGAUUAAGUUCCAACUUGCAGUAUCUUUGGCUCAGCAUUUAUUCCAGCUGUUUUAAUUACUUUGAUAUCCUGUUUCUAAAGUCACUGUUGUAAAGUUUAAUUGGUAUUUGUAAAUGUGUGAUUUUAAAAUGUAACUUGACGUGCACUAUUUCUAUGGAAUGGGAGCUCGCUUGUUUUUGGAAUGGUUCAGACUAUGAAACUCGUCAAGCAAUGCAAAUUCAGUGAGUGCUGUUGUAAUACAGCUGCAGAACUGAAAAUUGUAUAUUUGACUAGGUUCCUAGAUGCCAUUUGGUUUGUAUAUUAAAGCUGUAACUAUCUGCACCCUCAGUUUAUACCUAUGAAACGUGAUCAUGAAAUUACCAAUCAGCUCAACUCCUGCUCUGCUGUUGAGCUGAUGCAGUAACAUAGACAGUUAUGGAAUUCUGAUCGACUUUGAAGCAUGGGUUAAUUUUGAAACCUGAACUAUUUUUAUUUAUAAAUUCAGAUUUUAUUAUUUUUCUUUUGAGUACUUGUAAGUGUUUUACCUAAGUUCUUUAGUAAUGUGGUUUAAUUUCUUGUUGACUGUUGAGGGGAAAAAAGUUUAAUAAAACUAUUUUGUCUUUUUGAAUACAAAUGUUGCCUC